UAUACGAGCGCUACUGUCAAUUGUAGCUGUCAAAAAAGACAACAUUUCCUGAACUUGCCUUGCGGACACACAUUGCGCAAAGACAGGUUCUCAAUACUUUCCGCAAUUUGAUAACAGCGACAGCGAGCCCAAGCCCUCUACAGAACAGAGCACCAAAAUGGCCGCAUGGAGAGCUGCUGGAUUGAACUACAUCAACUAUUCCAACAUUGCCGCCCGUCUGCUGCGAAAGGCGCUAAAGCCGGAACUGAGGGCUCAAGCCGCUCGGCGUGAUGAUUCGCACAUCAAGUUCACCAAAUGGCAGGGUGGCAAGCCGGAGAAUGAAAAGUGAUAAGUUCAAUCAUUUUUCACUUUGUUGAGCCAGUCAGGUCAUCAAUGAGUAAACGAAAGGCAUGGUCGGCAUGUUAGACGCGGAAAGAUCACCUUUAUUGCUGCUAGUGAACGAAAUAAACGAUAUGAAAACAUCAAGUUGCUGAUCAAAACUA